AGCGCUGGAUUUGCAGAUUACUCGCUUUACCACUGUCAGUAACGUAGUUGCCAAGUUAGUGGUAAGGUUCCACGCGACUCGGUUAUUCGGUUGUGUGUAGCUGGUCCUUUCGGUAAAACAAUAAUUUAACAUUUGCAGUAAUCGUGAUGAUUACAGUGGGGAGUUAAUCUUGCCUUAAGUUAAUUAAAUAUCAUUUGGAGUUAAAUAAGCUCGGUAUUGGCAGACAUUGGGUUGUUUAAUAUUUAGUCAUAGUUUUUACUGACACCAAGCCACAGCAGUUUGACGUGUUCAUGUGCUUAGUGUCUGUACGUAGAAAAAACAUAUUUUUGGCAAGCUUUUCGUUUCUUCUCGGUUCUCAUGUUAGCUUCUUUGGGAACGGCUGGUGUAGCUGUGUGUGCCCUGAGGUCCUGACCCGGUGUCUGUAUUGCCUGAUUGGUUUGUACUGGUUUGGGAGCAUCGCUGACAGUAGCACCGACGUUUGAUAGCUGAAGGGGAUCUUCAGAGACUGAGGACUUGCAGUACAGUCUUCAAACAUGACAGCACUGGGUUCAAGUAGUCAGUCAGUCACAGAAUAUGUCGUCAGAGUUCCCAAGAACACAACAAAGAAGUACAACAUAAUGGCCUUCAAUGCUGGAGACAGAGUUAACUUUGCAUCGUGGACUCAGGCAAAAAUGGAGAGAGACCUUAGCAACAAAAAGAUAUAUCAGGAUGAAGAGGUGCCAGAAACUGGUGCUGGAAGUGAGUUUGGUCGGAAACAACGCGAGGAAGCACGGAGGAAGAAAUUUGGAAUUAUCACUAAGGAGUUCCGUGUGGAAGAUCAGCCAUGGAUUCUCCGAGUUAAUGGAAAAGCUGGCAGGAAGUUUAAAGGAGUUAAAAAAGGAGGCGUAAAUGAGAAUGCUUCUUAUUACAUCUUUACUCAGUGCCCUGAUGGGGCCUUUGAGGCAUUUCCUGUGAACAACUGGUAUAACUUCACUCCCAUUGCAAAACAUCGGACGCUGACUGCGGAGGAAGCGGAAGAGGAGUGGGGCAGGUACUCCGAAGAAGAAGAACCAAAAUUAAAGACAGUGAACAAGGAAGAGGUUCCACAAGGAAUUGAUGAGGACAAUGAGAGCAGUGAAGAGAGUGAGGAGGAGAAACCAAAUGAGGAGAAAGAGGAGGAAGAUGAAGAGAAAAAGGCGGCUCCUCAGGCUGACAAAAAGAAGAAGAAAGAAAAGCAUGGGGAAGAUAGCAGUGAUGAGUCGGAGUCAUCUGAAGAGAGUGACAUAGAAAAUGAAACCACGUCUGCACUUUUCAUGACGAAAAAGAAGACCCCGCCAAAAAAAGACAGGAAAGGAUCAACCAGUAGCUCCAGGGCAAGCAGCCGCCCAGGCACACCCCCAGUGGAUGGCAGCUUAACAUCAUCCACACUUCGAGCAGCAGCUAGCAAACUCGAACAAGGGAAGAGACAAGGAGCAUCUGGAGAUACUCCUACAGCAAAGCGUCUCAAAAUGGAUACUGGUCCCCAGACUCCAUCAGGAAAGUCAACACCACAGCCCCAGUCAGGCAAAUCAACACCCAGCAGCGGUGAUGUGCAGCUCACAGAAGAGGCAGUGAGACGUUACCUGACCCGAAAGCCAAUGACUACCAAGGACCUUCUGAAGAAGUUCCAGACCAAGAAGACUGGACUGAGCAGUGAGCAGACAGUUAAUGUUUUAGCACAGAUCCUAAAACGACUGAACCCCGAGCGCAAGAAAAUUAAUGAAAAAAUGCAUUUCUUCCUGAAGGAGUGAACCACCAACAGGUUAUGGUAUUUGGGAAGGGGUCACAAACAGGACCUGACUAUAUUUAGGUGGUAGACUAUAUAUAAGUGAUGAGGUCAAGAUGAAACCAGCAAUGUCAUGGAGUGGGACUGUGAUCUCACCCUGCUCUUUCAUCAUCAGCUUGAAUGAAGAGGAAGCUUGUCUUAAGCCAGUGAUGUCUUACCCCUCAGUGGCUUUCACUGAGAGAUGGUGUGGAUUCUGGUCUGACCGCCUAUGAACUAAAUGUGUUGCAGUAUUUUAGUUUUUAAUGUGUCUGUAAUUCUUAACAACAUGCUUGUACCCAAGGUUUGUAUUAUUUUUAGAAAGUAUAAAUAUGAGUUGAUUGAUUUUUAUGUUUGAGAGGUUAAACCAGCCUACUGAUUUUUUAUUCCUAUCAUUGUGUAGCAGAUGUAACAGAUGUAAUACCUUAGACUGAGCUGCAGCGUUUGAUUUAAGAGAUAUUACAAGGGACUGGCCAUUCUGUCUUUUCACAAUUUGAUUUGCCUAAAUUUUCAUUGCUGCACAAAAGUACCUUAUGUUGACAUUGUAUUCAGAUAAAGUUUUACCCUGUCUGCAGUGCAUUUUGCCUCAUAAAAAAUCUGCUCCUAACGUUUUGUAUUUGUACAUUAAAAUACUAUUGUAUUGUA